GGAAAAUUUAAAUAUUUUAUAGAGUAUACUAUUAUACUGUUAAGAGAAUAUAAACUUUUAUGAAUUUUAUUUUAUAAUAUGAUUUGUUGUUUUGAUAUCGAACACUAUUUUUUUUAAUAAAUUAUUCAUGUCAAUGCUGCAACCCUUGCAUAAUUUGACCAAAUUAUUGUCAAAAUACUUUUAAAUUAUAACUAGUUGAGAUUCUCCUUGCAGUAUUUGCUAAAUGCCGUGGUAUAAUUAUUUUUUAAGUUUUGAUUGAAAUUUUGAGGUACAUGGAGUUACUAUUAUUUACAAAAGUUAUAUUUUCAUGGUGUUUUGCAAAUGUAUAUAGUUUAUCUGAGUCAAAAUUUUCUUAUCUUCAUAAAAAUCCAUCAACAUUUGAUUGUCCGAAUUUGGUAGUAACAGAGCCUGAAGGAAUCAUUUCCAGUCCUUUUUAUCCUGAUUAUUAUCCUAGUCAUUUAUCUUGUGGUUGGCAUAUACAAGGAAAUGUUGGAGAUGUUAUUAGUAUAACAUUCGAUCAUAUUGAUAUUGAAGAGAGCUGUUGCUGUGAUUCUCACCCCUGUUGCCUUUCAAAUUGGUUGAAAAUUUCGCCACUGAGAAAUGGAACGGAAAAAAUAUUUUGUGGAAAUGAGUUCCAACAUUAUCGCAAUAUUUUAUCUAAUAGCAAUAAAGUAUGGGUGAAAUUUCACAUAUCAGAAGUGAAAAAAGGUGGCCGUGGGUUUCAGUUCCAUUACAAAAUCAUUCCAGGUUCCUCUAUUAGAUGCAAAAGCAAUGAAAUCAAAUGUCUUAACAGUAAAUGUGUGCCUUCAGUAUUGAGAUGUAAUGGGUUUUCAGAUUGUGAAGAUGGAUCAGAUGAGCUCUAUUGUUCCAAUCGCUGCUCAUCAGGUCGAUCCUGUCGUACGCAGUUUCAUUGUUAUGAUGCCUCUAAACACUGUGAUGGUGUUGUUGACUGUCAAGAUUUUAGUGAUGAAAUUGAUUGUGGAUUCUGCUCUUAUAAUCUCACACGAUGUGGAGUUAAUUCCACCAAGUGCUAUGAUCCACUGACACAAAGAUGCGACAAAAUUUUUGAUUGUGAGAAUGGUGAAGAUGAGGUUGAUUGUUCUGUUUUAUGCCCUGGAAAAAUAAUAUGCGAAUCACGACGUGGUUGUUAUUCAAUGAAACAGAGGUGCAAUGGUGUUACUCAGUGUGAAGAUGCUUCAGAUGAAAGAAAUUGUGUACCUGAAUUAUGUAAUUAUGAGCAUGGAGGAUUUCUGUGUGAUAAUGGUCGUUGCAUUCAAGAAAUAUGGACCUGUGACCGUACAGAUGAUUGUGGUGAUGGAUCAGAUGAAAGAAACUGUCUCAGAAAUAGUGUACUGACAGCAGCAUUGAUGGGAUCUUUGAUAUGCGCACUCUUGCUUGUUAUUGCCAUCAGCUGCACUUGCCGACUACACGCACUUCGAAUGCUGGAAAACAGGCUGUCUCAAACCAGAGAGACUCCUCUGUCACGCAUGAGCCGUGAUUUUUUUUUCCGCGAACCUCCACCAUCUUAUGCUGUGGCUGUUCAAGGUGAUCCUCAUCGUAAUCUCUGUGUUGAGAAUUUGCAUUACAGCAUACCAGUACAUCGCAGCCGUAGAAGAGCGAGACGAACUCGUCAAUCAAGAGCUGCAAGUCGACCACCAAUUGCUAGUUCUACCACAGCACAUAAUGAAAGAUCUGGACCAUCCAAUCCACCUGUAAUAUCAGAUGUUGAGUUACUUGAUGAUACUUUGCCUGUAUCAUUGGAAACUGCUACUGUAAGUGAUUUAUGUCAGUUGCAAAGACCAAGAAGCAAAAAUGAAAAUUGUUCUGCUGACUCUGAUGAGUUGAAAGAGAUAAGUUUGCCUAAUGAAGUGAAUUGUCAUAAAAAUGUGAGGCAUGAGAAUGCAAACUCUUCUGAUAAUCAGCAUAAUGUAUCUAUUGAAACAGUGAGCUUAGAAUCUUUAGGUACUGUAGAAAGUGAACCAAGUAGUUCACUGGUGAGUGAUAAUCGUUUUUACUGUGAUAGUGAUACUGAUCCUCUCGUUGUUUAAACAAAAUAACUCACUUUAAUAUCUUGUCAUCUGUUAAUUUUUAAUAUUAAUCUUUAUCUUACAAUUGUAAAUCAUUUAUAUAUUUUAUGUAUAUAGCCACAUUUUACAUAAGACAUAAAGUUUAUCUUGUUAACAUAGGUCAUUUUUAUAUUAUGUAUCUUAAUGUCUAUCUUAAUAAUUCUUCAUGUUUUACAACAUAUAAUUAAAUUAUGUCAUCAGGAACUAACCUUUAAAGUGUCUUAUAUUUUUUAAAUAUAUUUUGAAGGAAGAAUAUUGUGCCUAUUGUUGCUAAGUUAUAACAAAAAAUAUAUUUAUAAGUUGUAGCAUACUGUGUGUGCUGUACAAAAGUAAGGUGCCUUAUGUAACAAUAAGUUUUUAACUUUCAUAAGACUUUGAUUUUGACUCACAUACCUAUGUGUUGGUCACUGCAUUUUAAGAUAUAUUCAAUCAUUUCAAAAGAUUUUUAUCAUAAUAUGCACUUUCAAACUGAUUUAAAAUCCUUAUUUUGUGUGACAUGUAACAAUAAAAUCAUAGUAGAGUGUAACCACUGAUUAUAGAUCUGUUUUGAGCUUUUAACUUUAGGAAAUUACUUUUCAAAACCAUUCAAAUAAAUAAAAACUUUUUUAAAUCGUAUAGCUAUUAAAGAGAAAUUAUAGAGGUGCAUUAACUGAAACAUAAAUAAUUUACUAUUGAAUAAUCAAAUGAUGCAGGACCAAUUCAGUCAAAAGUUAAGUUUACAAAAGAAUAGGGUAGAUAAUAGGUUUGUAGGUAAUUUCUUAAAUCUGAUAUAAAAAAAAAAACCUACAUAUAAAAAUGACUUGCUUAAGCUUCUAACAAAUCACAUUCUCUACAUUAUACUAGGUAUUUUAAUUGCUUUAUUAUUAUUUAUUAAUUCUUGAUUUGCUGUACAACUAAAAUAAUGAAAACUAAAUAAUUUUAAAAUUUUUUAAUAAUUUUAAUUAUUAUUUUUUGUGUGUGGGUGUGGGUGCAUGUAAUAUUUUUCCACAGUUCAGGAUAUCCCAAACUUUUAAACAUUGCUACUCACUUUUUCAAACUGAAUCUCUAAUGACUCACUUAUCUUCAGUGCAUUUACUUUCAUCAGAAGUGAGCACCAUACAUUCUAUCCAAAAGAGGUUUUAUGGGCCAUAAAAGUACUUCUGUGAUGGGG